CGACACGUUGGGCCACGUUCCGUUCGUGAACCCAUGAACAGGGGUGAGAGUCGAGAUGGCCGGACAAGUUCCCCCGACCGAUCAGGACCGCUACAUGGUAUGGAGGUCCUUGUCGUUGUUGUUUCAAUGAUGUGGACAAUGCGGCCUACAUAUCUUUUGCGACCGAACAUGAACGACGAGGACUUCCCCAACGGGGCGACGUGUUCCCGCACCCGCAAGCCAGAGCCUCACUUCGAUGGAUGCCAAAGCACCAAAAUACCUCCAAACGAAACCUGCAUCGCCAGCUGCAUUCUCAUGUUAUCAUUACAAAUCAUCAUGUUCAAAAGAAAAAUCAUAUACAUAAAUUACGGAAUAGUCCCGGAUUGUAAAAAGCGAUGCAUCUACAUAUAUUUACGGGAAAGAUGCGGUCGUGUGUGCAAUAUGUCCUGGGUGGAGUCUGAAAGACUCUUGUGGGUUGUGGGGCGGGAGUGUGCGGUUGCUUUUCUGCCUCACUUUGUACUUUGUUGUAUGAGAAGAGCUGAUGGGGGUGUUGAUGUCGGGGGCGUUGGUGAUGUGUCGAUGCAACUCGGGGGUAUGCGAUUGUUAUCUCGCAAGUCCCUUCCGCAUAGGACCAAGUUUUCACAGCCGAUCCCUGCAGUGGAAGCUCCUUCCCAGUCGCCGCCACCAUCCGGCCAAUCCUCCUCAACCUCCCAAUCUCUACAAAUACGAAACCAAAUUCUCCACAUCAUCCUCAUCAAACUCCGCAUGCGCAUCCUCAUCCUCAUCCUCAUCCUCCCCAACCACAUUGUUCACACCAUGCUGCAAAACUUCCUCCUCAUCGUCCUCCCCAAAAUCAAGCGCCUCUUCCUCGGUCAUGGCCAUCGGAUAGUGGUAUUCUGCCGGCGCGUGUGCGACUUCUUCUUCCUCUUCGAAUUCUUGGCUCGCUUCUUCUUCUUCAGGUUCCGAGAUGGCUUCCGGGGCGGCUACAUGCACAGUGUCGGGGGUAAGGAGUUGUUUCCUAUACGGAAAAUGGAGAUAUCAGCUUUCCUGCUACUUUCGCCACUGCGGUUUACGAAGUCGAGGGUUGUCACACCUCAAUCGAAAUUCCUCCAAUAUAGCCUCCCGCUCCUUCUGGAACGCUCUCGGCUUCUUCCCGACCAGCUCUCCCGUGGCUGAGUCGAGGGCGUCGGCGGCGAGUGUUAUGCCGGAGGUCAUUUGUUUCCAUUUUUCCUAGAGGUGGGGGGUGAGCGUGACAUAGUGGGAAAGGCCGGGACAUGGAGGUGACUUACUUCUGAGCCUUCGGAGGGGGCUGCUCGUUUGGGCAGCAUGUUGGGAGAUGUGGAGUGCGGGUGGGUGGGUUGGUGGAUGCUGGCAGGGGGGGGG